AUGCCGUCGAAGCAGAUUGGCGCGUGGUCUUCAGGAACGGGUCUGUCUGGUGUUGCCGCUUCGCUGAUCUACCUUGGUCUGACCACGGCCGGCCUGACCAACUCGCAGAUCUUCCUGAUUAGCCUCCCCUUGAUCGUUGUGUACUGUCUGCUGUACUUCUUCGGCCUGAAGAUGCCUUUCUACGUGCCGGUAGAUUCUGCCGGUGUGGCGGAGUUGGAUGAGGGUGAUGAGGGUGAUGACGGCCCUGUGGGUGAGAUUGUUACCGGCUACGUCUGCAAGGCGAUGGUGAACUGGAUCGGCACACCGUGGACAAACAUCGUUCCACCCGAGCCCGAACAGAUGCCGGAGUGUCUGAAGGAGCUGAAUCGUGUGAGGAGGCAGGCUGCCAUGGGCGAUGGCUACGUGGAGGCGUCGGAAAGUGAGCCGGCGGAGACUGAUGCUCAGAUUGGUGGAUGGGCGAAAUGGAAACGUGAUGUGUGGCCCGUGCUGAAGGAGAUGCACAAGUUCACGCUGUGGAACAACAUCAACCUCGCCUUGGUGUAUGUCGCGGAGUACGCUGUGCAGUUCAUGGCACCAUUCAGCUUCCCUUGCGGUGAAGUCGAGGAGAGCCAGAACUUCUGGCUGAAGAAUUCGUUCGUCAUCACGCAGCUGUGCUACCAAUUCGGUGUGCUGAUCUCCCGCAGCAGCCUUUUGUGCCUUCGCAUCCGCCAUGUGUGGAUCAUGACGAUCGUGCAGACUCUCAACGCGAUCGCUUGGUUCGUGCAGGCGAAGGUCAAGUACAUGUCGGACCCGGACGAUGAGGAUCGCGAGCUGAAGUUUGCAUUCGGACUGUUUGCGUGGAUGAUCUUUGUGGGCCUGAUGGGCGGUGCCUCUUACGUUAAUGUGUUCUACAACAUUCUAGAGGAGACGCGUGUGAUGCAGGAGGACGAGGAGCGAGAGAUUGUAGAGUUCGUUGCCUCACGCCGGAGGUCUGACGGCGACGUGGAGAAGGAAGACGUGGAGAGGGAGGCCCAGACGACGGAUGACACAGUGAACGGGGAAUCAGAUGAGGCUCGUGCGGCGUGCCGCUACAUCGCAGGCGUGUGGAGAGAGAAACGCAACUUGGCCAUGAACAUUGGCGCUUUGUAUGCCACAAUUGGCAUCACAACUGGCUCUCUUCUCGAUUUAUUCUUCACGCUGGUGGUGCUGAAGGAAGACGGGUGCAGUUAG